AUUCAAAUGAGACACUCUUUGCUUGAAAUGACUUUCAUUUGAUUGUGUGUUAACUGUGCCCUCAGUUUACUGUCAUAUAACUAAUCCAUGAAAUGUAUUUCAAUAAUAAUUAUAACAAUAAUAACAAUAAUAAUGUCAAUAUGAAUAGGAGGGGCCGAUUCAGAAAUAAUAGCAAUAGGUUUACCGGUAAUAGGUUUAGGCCUUAUUUGAGGGGCAGACACCCGGGUCAUCGUAACUACGGCCACAACUAUAGACAUAAUGAGGGCAAUGAGUACAGCACUGGUCGGCCAUACAGUGCACUACAGGGCGGCAGUGAUGGCAGUGAACAGUCGGCUACUAAUACACCUUACCCUCAAGAACCCAAAUGUGAGACAAUUGUGUUGGAUUUGACACCAAAUUGUUGCCAAUUAACUGAACCAGUCUUAAGACAACACUUCCAACAGACUUACGGCACGAUUAAGAAGAUAUGGUUCAACGCAACCCAUAGUAAAGCGUUUAUCAGUUUCUUUAAUACCAUUUCUGUGGACAUGUGUCUUGAGAGUGGAGACAAACAAAUAAUUAAUGGCAUUAGUGUUGACGUGAGCCCACUUCGAGCCACAAUACCUCCGGAACUGUUAUCCAAAAAUGGGGAUCAAAGUCAUCGGCUCAAGAAUUUGUGUAAAUCUGAUAACAAAACACUUCAGACGACGUUUCCCACAAGACUCGACACAAUUGAACCAAAACCUCAGUUCAGAUAUCAUUUAAAUCGAAAUGAAUUCAAAGAGUUGGUCCAAAUUGAAAGCAUUGAUUGCAUACAACUUGUGGACAAUGUGUUGAAUGCAACUGAUAUGACACAACAGUUGGAUAUUAUUUUGACAACACUUUCAUUGUCUGAAAGGGACUCCAAAAGACGACAUGAACUCAAAGACAAAUUAGAGGAAGUGUUAAAUUUAAAUGACUUCAACUGUAAACUACAUUUGAUUGGUUCUACAGUCACUGGAUUAGCAUUUUGUAACUCAGAUAUCGAUAUAUUCGCCGAAUAUAUGAACCAAAGUUUGCCGGAAGUGUUAACUUUCGAGAUGUGUUUGAAUUUAUUGGAGAAAAUUUGCGCCAUAUUUAGACGAUGUCUUAAGUUCUUUAUACCGAAACCCAUACCAAGUGUCAGGUGUCCCAUCAUUAGCAUCAGUUUCGCACAAAUGUUUAAGAAUAGCAUCUUUUCCACACUUGAUUGCGAUAUGAGUCUCACCAAUGGUUUAGCCAAACAUAACUCGAGACUUAUUCAAUAUUAUUGUCAAUUAGAGCCACGUUUUCGACAAUUAGCUCUUGUGUUGCGGUUUUGGGCCAAAAUCAACGAUAUAGUCGGCGGUUCCCAACGCAUGACUUCAUAUGCGUUCACACAAUUAGUCAUAUAUUUCUGUCAAAAGCUCACUGGAUUAGCAUUUUGUAACUCAGAUAUCGAUAUAUUCGCCGAAUAUAUGAACGAAAGUUUGCCGGAAGUGUUAACUUUCGAGAUGUGUUUGAAUUUAUUGGAGAAAAUGUGCGCAAUAUUGAGACGAUGUCUUAAGUUCUUUAUACCGAAACCCAUACCAAGUGUCAGGUGUCCCAUCAUUAGCAUCAGUUUCGGACAAAUGUUUAAGAAUAGCAUCUUUUCCACACUUGAUUGCGAUAUGAGUCUCACCAAUGGUUUAGCCAAACAUAACUCGAGACUUAUUCAAUAUUAUUGUCAAUUAGAGCCACGUUUUCGACAAUUGGCUCUUGUAUUGCGGUUUUGGGCCAAAAUCAAUGAUAUAGUCGGCGGUUCCCAACGCAUGACUUCAUAUGCGUUCACACAACUAGUCAUAUAUUUCUGUCAAAAGCAUGUCUAUCGCAUGGACUGUGAACUGUUGGCCAAAUGGGAUCUAAUUAUUGGACAAUUAUCACCAUUCGUUGAAUUCUAUAUUAAACUUUGGGAUCUCGACAACCGGGUCAUUGAUUUGAAUACGCGGUUGCAGUUUAGACAACAAAUUAGUGCCGAAGAAAUGAAACAAAUGUCACCCAUUGAUGGAGAGAGAUAUGUCACACAAAGUAUUAUAAACGAGUUCUCGAGUGAGCGCUCGGAUGCUAUUCCCACGGAAUGCCACUUCGCUCUCGUCAUGAAUUGUCGGCUUUCUUUCCCAACCGUAGAGUUAGUGCUGAUUGAUAUGAAACCAGAUUUCGAGAUGCGAUCAAAUUUGUCCACUUUUUUGCGCCGACUUAUAGCCAGUGCAGCACAUCACUGCCAACUCCUCACUGUUCCCAAAGAGUUCAUUUAA